CCAUCGGGAAAAUGGGAUAUAUAAAGCCAAUAAUUUGUUUUAUUAUUCUCUUAAUUUCCCUGUUAUCAAACUAUUGAAUUCAACAUAACAAAACCAAAAUCUUUACUUGUACCCUUAAAACACACUAAAGUUUUCUUUAAUCUAAGAGAUUCUAUUAUUUUCUUAUAAUCUUUACCUUCUCUUUCACUUGAUUCCUCUCCCUAAUGAUAUAAGAGUUUUCUUGGAGUUAUGAUGAUUUCUUGUUACAGUAGAAGAACAAAUUUCAUUUAGAGAAUUGUUGAAGAAGGAAACAAGAGUGGGUUCUUUUUAACUUGAUAGUAUGAGCAAUCAGAAGAAAAGAAUUGUUAAGAUUGAACCCUAAAGCAUAUGGUCAAUGUGGAUCCAAAGCUUACAUGGAAAAUACUGGAAGAUGCAAUCCGUGAAAUAUACAAUCAAAAUAUCAGUGAUCUCAGCUUCGAAGAACUGUACAGGAAUGCUUAUAAUAUGAUUCUGCAAAGAUUUGGGGACAAGCUGUACUCAGGUCUUGUGACAACUUUGGCAAAGCAUAUAAGAGAAGUAUCAGAAUUGAUAGAAGCUGCUCAGGGGGAUUUGUUCCUGGAAGUGCUGAAAAGGAAAUGGGAAGAUCAUAACAAAGCAUUAGAAAUGAUUCAAGGCAUAUUAAUGUACAUGGAUAGGACAUUCAUCCCGAGUACCCACAGAGCCCCGGUUUACCAGCUUGGAUUGAACCUGUGGAGGGAUAACAUCAUCCAUUCUAGUCAAAUACAGACAAGGCUUCUUAAAACACUUCUUGACCUUGUGCAGAGAGAGCGAACAGGUGAAGUUAUAGCUCGGGGAGGAAUGAAGAAUGCAAUAAUGAUGUAUGUGGAUUUGGGUUCUUCUGUCUAUCAAGAUUAUUUUGAAAAGCCUUUUCUUGAGGUCUCAGCCGAUUUCUACAGUGUUGAAUCUCAGCAAUUUAUCGAGUCUUGCGAAUGUGGAAAUUACCUAGAGAGAGCAGACAGACGUCUUGAUGAAGAGAUGGAGAGGGCUUCCAAAUACUUGGCCACUAUGACCAAAGCGAAAAUAAUAAAUGUAGUGGAGAAGGAGAUGGUUGCCAACCCCUUGCAGAGAUUGGUCGAUAAGGGCUUGGUGAAGAUGGUCGUUGAUGACAAGUAUGAAGACUUGAGAAGAAUGUACAGCUUGUUUGGCCAAGUCUCUGAAGGGCUGCCAAUGAUUAGAGAUGUCAUGGGUUGUCAUGUCCGAGAAACUGGCAAACAACUGGUUAGUGAUCCUGAGAGGCUAAAGGAUCCUAUGGACUUUGUCCAAUGCUUAUCGGAUAAAAAGGAUAAGUAUGACAAGAUUAUCAGUCUGGCUUUUAACAACGACAAGACAUUCCAGAAUGCUCUGAAUUCCUCUUUUGAGUACUUUAUGAAUCUGAAUGCUCGGACUCCCGAGUUUAUUUCACUGUUUGUUGAUUGUAAGCUUCGGAAGGGACUGGAUGGCAUCAGCGAGGAAGAUUUAGAGAUUUUCUAUGAUAAGGUCUUGAUGCUAUUCCGCUAUGUACAAGAGAAAGAUGUGUUUGAGAAGUACUACAAGCAACAUCUUGCAAAACGACUUUUGUCAGGAAAAUCUAUCUCGGAAGAUGCAGAAAGAAGUUUGAUAGUUAAGCUCAAGACAGAAUGUGGUUACCAGUUCACCUCUAAGCUGGAAGGAAUGUUCACAGACCUGAACACAUCUAAAGAUACAACUCAAGGAUUCUAUGCAAGCCAGACUGCUGCUAAGGCUGGUGAGAGCCCGAUGCUGUCUGUCCAGGUUCUCACGACUGGGUUCUGGCCCACUCAGCCUAGAACCUCUUGCAUCCUUCCGGCCGAAAUUUUGGAGUUAUGUGGAAGGUUCCAAGCGUAUUAUCUUGGCGCUCAUACUGGCCGGAGACUGACAUGGCAAAUGAACAUGGGUACAGCUGAUCUUAAAGUAACUUUUGGGAAUGGGAAGAAACAUGAGCUCAAUGUCUCCAGUUAUGAAAUGUGUAUACUGAUGCUGUUUAACGAUGCUGAUCGGUUGAGCUAUAAGGAGAUUGAGGAGGCAACAAAGUUACCUACUUCAGACUUGAAGAGAUGUCUCCAAUCCCUAGCUUGUGUGAAAGGGAAAAUUGUCCUUCGGAAGGAACCAAUGAGCAAAGACAUUGGUGUGGGAGAUACAUUUUUUUUCAACGACAAGUUCACUUGCAAGUCUUACAAGGUGAAGAUAGGUACUGUUGUUACAUAGAAAGUGUCUGAACCUGAAAAGCUAGAAAUUCAACAAAGAGUGGAGGUGGAUAGAAAGCCUCAGAUAGAGGCGGCAAUCGUGAGGAUCAUGAAGUCUAGGCGUGUCUUGGACCACAAUAGCAUUGUCGCUGAGGUCACGCAACAGUUGCAGUCACGUUUCCUGCCAAACCCAGUUAUGAUAAAGAAGAGGAUUGAGGCUCUCAUCCAGCGAGAGUUCUUGGAAAGAGAUGCAGUGAACAUGAAUAUGUACAAGUAUCUGGCCUGAGGAAAACCAAUUUUUUGGGGUCUGGAAAUGCUGUAAAUUUGUACAAUCUUUAGGGAGAAAAUCUUUGUACUGUUAUAUUGGUUUAUCUGUGUAUAUCGUACGACUGCCCGUCGUUGUCACAAUAGUCUUCCCUAUUCAUUUGUUCAUUCUUUAGGAGCU